AUGCCUUAUCACGCCCAUGCCUCAUCGCGCCCAUGCCUUAUAACGUCCAUUCCUUAUCUACCCCAUGCUUUAUCACGCCCAUGCCUCAUCACUCCCAUGCCUUAUCACGCCCAUGCCUCAUCGCGCCCAUGCCUUAUAACGUCCAUUCCUUAUCUACCCCAUGCUUUAUCACGCCCAUGCCUCAUCACUCCCAUGCCUUAUCACGCCCAUGCCUCAUCACUCCCAUGCCUUGUCACGCCCAUGCCUCAUCACUCCCAUGCCUUGUCACGCCCAUGCCUCAUCACUCCCAUGCCUUAUCACGCCCAUGCCUCAUCACUCCCAUGCCUUGUCACGCCCAUGCCUCAUCACUCCCAUGCCUUGUCACGCCCAUGCCUCAUCACUCCCAUGCCUUAUCACGCCCAUGCCUCAUCACUCCCAUGCCUUAUCACGCCCAUGCCUCAUCUCUCCCAUACCCCAUCACACUCAUACCUCAUUGAGCCCAUGCUUCAUACACAAAUGCCUCAUACGCCCAUGCCUGAUUACGCCCGUGCUUCAUCACGCCCAUACCUAUUCACACCCAUGCCUCAUCAGGCUCAUGCAUCUUAA